UUUACGGAACACUUUUCUAGUUACCAAUGCUUGUGGUACUUUCGGCUAUCUUGAUCCAGUAUAUUAUAAGAGCRGWGUUCUAACAAAGAAAUCAGACGUAUAUUCAUUCGGAGUGUUAUUAUUUGAAAUCUUGUGUGGGCGACUGGCAUGCAGCGAAGAAUAUGAAGAUGGAAAAAGGUUUUUAGGUCCAUUGGCUAAAAGAAAGUAUGAAGAGGACAAAUUGGAUGAGAUCAUUGAUCCCAAUUUGAGGAAGCAAAUGAAGUUAAAUUCACUUAUCACAUUCUCAACGAUUGCAUAUCAUUGCUUGAAAAGCAAUCGAAGUGAUCGCCCAACAAUGGCUCAAGUUAUUGAAAAACUUGAGAAUGCAUUUUCACUUCAAGCUUCUCUCAAAAUCGCAGAAAUUGCCCGGGUUGGAGUAUGGGGAACUAAAUCUAGUGGAGGUCCCCAAAAUCGUUGGGCUUUCUUACUUGAAAAAGAUCAUAAACUGAAGUUUAUAACAAUCGAUCAUGGUGAUCUAAUAUACUCUCUCAUGUUCACUAGUGAAUCAAAGGGUGUUUUGUACCCUUCUAAGAAGGCUGGUGGGUGGAAUGGUGGAGACACAGUGUCUAAGGUUAUGUUUGAAGACGACGAGGAAAUAAUUGGGAUUAAUGGAACGGUUGGGGUAACGGGUGGUUACACGAUAAUUUCAUCACUAUCCUUCAUUACGAACAAGAUGACCCAUGGACCUUUUGGUCGUGCAACAGACACUCCUUUCUGGGUACCAUGGGGUAAAGGGAAUUUUGGUGGAUUUUAUGACCUUGCUGGCUACUAUAUUGAUGCCAUUGGUGUCUAUAUGAAAGCUUCUUCUGAAGAAUUCGAAAUUGUACGCACYGGAAUUUGGGGAACCGAAUCUCUUGGAGGUCCCCAAAACCAAUGGUCUUUCCAACUUGAGAAAAAUCAUCAUUUGAAGAAGAUAACCAUUGAUCAUGGUGAUCUAAUAUACUCUAUCAUGUUCACCACUGAAUAUAGGGGAAUAGAGCAACCUUCCAACAAGGCUGGUGGUUGGAAUGGGGGAGACAAAGUGUCUGAGGUUACAUUUGCUUGGGAUGAGGAAAUCAAUGCUAUCAGCGGAACGAUUGGAGUCUCAGGGGGUUAUACGAUAAUAUCAUCCCUAUCGUUCAUCACAAACAAACAAACCCAUGGACCUCAUGGUCGUGCAUCAGGAACACCUUUUAUAGUACCAUGGGACAAAGGGACAUUUGUUGGAUUUUAUGGCAUUUUUUGCUAUUAUAUUUAUGGCAUUGGAGUGUAUUUGAAAGCAACUAUAUGACCAGCCAUCUUAUGCUAAGCGCCUAAGCUCAACGUAGAAAGAACCUUUUGUUGCUAUGAAUUUUUGAAUCCUUAGACAUUACCUUUGUUGUGCACGUAAAGAUUGUUGCAUAAAGAACAAAAUGGAGGAUGAACUUCUUUACUUU